GUUGUUUUGUUGAUCACAGUAUCUACAGACUAUUUUCUUACUUUUCUUAUUAUUUAGUUCUAGCCUUUUGCAGUAUUAAUCAAAUUGUUAGUUGUUUCCAUUUCGAUUCUCAAAGAGAAACAUGAAGUGCCAAGGUGAAGAUGGAUCUAUAGGUUCCUGCCCAGGACCCAAUUAUCCGGAGGACUACUCAAUUUGUUGCUGGAACAGUACUACACUGCUAUGUUGUCCUCCUAUUUCACACAUUGACUUAACACAUCAAAGGAAUGUAAUGAUUGCUGGAAUCAUAGUGAUCUCUGCCUGUAUCCUCUUUAGCAUAUUAAUUAUCAUCUGCUGCUUCUGGUCUCGAUGUCCGCUCUUCAAGAUGUGCAGAGUGAAUUACACCCACAGUGAAAUUUUAGCAUACACUAAAGAAGAAGAAGCCCUGCAAAUGCCAGAUGAAGCUACAGAUGGAUGUAAACACUAUUCUCCUUGUCAUGUGAUCAUCAAGCCUGUGCAGGAUAUUUAGAUCAUAUUUUUCAAGUUUUCUAGGUAAGAAUUUUCUAGUUUUUGGAUUCAAAGUCAUAAAAAAAUUCUUUUAAUUUGUUUGCUGGCCAUAUACCUGUUGAAACAGGACUUGUAUUUUUAGUUUUAGACUUUUAAACAAUAGAACAACAUUUCAUUACUUUAUAUCGUUGUUUAGGAAGAUUUCAUUUAUAGCCUAACUUUAAAAAAGGUCAUAAGAUAAAUAUAUAAAGAUAUUGUCUUGUUCUGAAAUUGAUCAUAUUAGUUGUAUUUUCUUAGAGGACAACAAUUGCCAUUUAAUGGGUUUUAACACUGUAAUAAAUUGCUCAGUUUAGUUAUUUAGUUGUAGAAAUCAAAAUUCUUUUCCUUUGGCAAAAGGAUUGUGAUAGUCAUUUAUUUACCCAAGUCAUUGAUAUUAUUUUAUUUUGUGAUUAUUUAUUUGAUCUUGUAUGUUGUGUCGUAUCCCUCCUACCUCUUAAUGAGUCAUUUAGAUUUCACAAUAGCAUGUAGCUUCGGAGUUAGUAACACAUGUUUUAUUUUUCUUACCUGUAUGUUACAAUGUAUUUAUUAGUGUUCCUGAUUAAUUUGUUUUUAUUUACAAGUAAUCCAUUUAUUCUUGGUUAGUUUCCUAGUGAUCUCAAGUUUUUACGUUCCUUUUGUACAGCAUAGGUUAAAUAUCGAUUAAGUUAUUCAGUUAAGUUAUUACAAGCAACAGAGUGUCAUAUUAUCAAGGCUUUAAUGUAAACUUGUUUAUGUGUGCACAAUUUUUAUUUUUUUACUGUUUUCGUACUUAGCAAUCAAUCACAUUAGAAGAUACAGUAUUUUUAUAAAAGUAUUUUUGCGAUGUCAUUCAUUAGCGUGUAUUUUUAUAGCUUUUGUAAAUUAGUCUUGUAACAAACAUAAACAGUUUGGAUUGUAUCUUUAUUGGUUGAUAAGAAUCUUCUAGCUUUUGUAUAAAAACAAAAACAAAUGUAAGAUAAUUAUGUUGGGUACCUUUAACAAAAAUGUGUCAAUAUAUUUCUCCCCAUGUCAUACAUUUCUUUUGAUUUUUUAAAAAUUAUUUUGUAUUUAUUUGUAUCCUAUUUAUAAUUAUCUAUGAAGUACAUCCAAGAAUAAUUUACAUCCACAGUUAUCACCUAAGAUUGGGAAUACAUGAGUUAUUCAGCAGUUUUGAUUCAAGUAGAACCUCUAUUAACUUUCACUCGGCGAGUUUCUGAGCGUGGACUCAACCAGUCUCUGUACAGAGAGACAGAUUCUAUGCUCAACUCAAGACGCACGAUGGGACUUUCUAGAGGAAAAACUGUGAUCGCACCCACAUAGGGCUGUCCACAGGGCGGUGUACUCUCGCCCUUACUAUGGGAACCUUGUGUCGGACGGUCUUUCAUGUGUAUCCACCAGCCAAGACAUGUUUGUCCAGGGCUACGCAGAUGAUGUAGUCCUCAUGGUACAAGGAAAAUUCACAAACAUUGUAGCUAAAUGUCAUGAAUGUCAACCUACAUCAUGUUGGCAUGGUGUCUCAGAGAGGGACUCAAUAUUAUUAAUCCCUUAUUAAUCCCCCUAUUAUCGUAGUCCCUUUCACCUGAAAAAAGAACUUGACUUCUCUUUCCAGGCUGAAAAUUGCUACUACUCAGCUUAUUAUUAUUAUUUUAUUAUUAUUAUUAUUUCUUUGUCAUGAGAGCCGAAGCCCCCUGACUGCGUACCCGGUACCUAUCCUUGAGGACAUACCCGGGCCCCAUGAUGUAGGCCGAAGCUUACGCAUCAACCUUUAGCACAUCAUGGGCGGAUGACUUAAGGUCAUCAGGCUCGCCGGCUGCCGAAGCAGACCCUUCGGAAAGAAGGUUGCCCCUCAAUCCUAACCAGGGAUUCCGGCUGCUUGUUUAAGCGUCACUCCACCUGGGUUCCACCAGGUACAAGCCCUAGAGGACCAUAAUGGAGCGCCCCGACGCAUUUAGUGCAAGCAACACUCGGGACCUAUCUAAUCCCUGACAGGCAGAACCCGCCAUCAUAGCCAGAAGGAAGGGGACCGUCAGCACGCUGACGGGGGGAACCCCAACCUCCCAUUUACACCACUACCCGAUCGAGGCCUUACCCAUUGCUGGGAAACCAGAGAUAACCAGAGCGAUAGAUCCCCAGAUACCCCUGGCGGGCUCGGACCCAGCACCCGAUCUACUUCGUUUGCCCGUCAGACCCAACAUCACUGCCAGGCCAUCAGGGUUUCCCAAAAGGAGGCAGGUAUAGAAGUGGGACCCACCCGGAUGAACCUAUCCACCAGAGGUGGCGACACCCUUGACUCAAUUGAGGUUCCGGGAAAAACCCCCCACACUCAAGAUAACCAUACCGUCCGUGCUCAGAGACAGGGAUUGGUUUGCAUAAGUGCCUACAAACCGUUACCCUCACACUGCGGAAAGUUACGUUGCCCUUGAGUGUCCCCGUGAGCUACGGGUACUUGCCCGUUUUCACCUCCAGGAAAGGCUACUUCCAAAGUCGAGGAUUUGCCACACUGAAUGCUGGUCGCACACAACAAGCAGGCCGAAGCCCAAAGAACCACAGACACAGGUAGGUUAGAGAAUAUGAUGCACUUCCAUCUCUCCUAGAGCUAAACACCCCUCCAUCCUGGAUAAAGGAAUGUCACUGGGACCCAAUGCCCAGUCGUCCAUGUCUGUGGCCUACUUGAAAAUGGCGAUACCAACACCGAGCAGUUACCUCCCCUUUGGGGGCUAGGUUUUUUCACCUCCCAGGACGAGGCUACUUCCAAAGUCGAGGAUAUGCCUCACAAAAUGUCAGUCGAACACAACAGGUAGGACAGUGUCACAACCACAGUUACAGGUAGAUGAGGAGAGGCGGAAUUAAUGGCGUCACUGAGAGCUAAACACCCCCCCACCCUGAAUGGAGGGAAUGUCACUGGAGGCUCC